AUGCCAUCCGAUAGUGAUGGCCUGAGAAUCCCAGACGCGGAUUUUGCUCCGGGAAUUGAAUCCACGUCCAGGGAGCGCCCGCUGCUAUUGUCAUCUGUGCAUCUGAGCUCUUCAUACCCCCACCUGAUUCGGGUAGCUAACUAUGUAUGGUUAAACAGGGCAGAAAACUCCGCCACCUAACCGGUAUCGCCCUCCGGAAUCUCACCACCUCGGUGGAGAAGGCGCAAUCUACCCGCCCUACAAAGUCCUCCGACGAUGACGUUUUAGUCGGGGCAUGGAAGUCAGUGGGGAAGUUGCCGGUGCGCGCUGAGGGAUCAACUGGUGGCGGCAGCAGUGGUAGUGGUGGGGGACUGAUUCACGCAAAGUCCGAGAUGGACCUUACGAAGGUGGAUGUGGGUGUGGAUGUGGAUGUGGACGUUGGCGUUGAUGUCGGGCUUGGUGGACGACUAGGGCGCCGAAGCACGAGAGGGAAUCCGCUGGGUCUGGAGAGCUCCAUGACAAGGCAGAAGAGACUUGAGGACGUUGCAGCGGGGAGAAUGGUGGACGUGUUCUUUUCUCUGCAUGUUGGGAGCGGGGCUGAUAGUGGUGGUGAGUGUUCUGCCGGGAGUAUGAAGAGUGUGGCCGUGGGAGGAUGCUGAUGGAGCGAUCAGAGGACCCAAUCUAUAUCAGUGAGGUUGUGUCAAAAUCUAUGGUAUGGGGCUCUGUGACCUGUGGAUUUUUGGAAGGAGAGCUUAUUGGAGAGGGGUUUUAUAGAAUCCGAAUUUUCAAUUCUUCGAGCUCUCGCAUAACGGACCGCACAUUUCUAGGUUGGAUAAAGUCACCGUGAAGAUAUGGGCCGGCACUCAGGGGCAAUUCCGACUGAUUGCCGAGUUUAAUGUCGCACUCUCAGCCCUGCAGUUUAUUGGUAAAAAUGUUCAUCAAAAUUCAUCUUUUCCAACUUUGUCCUUUUCCUCCCUGUCAGGGGGGGGUUUUUUUUUUAAAAAAAAAUUUCACUCCUUACCGCGACCUUGUACAAGGCUAAUUGGGGGUGAGUGAGAGUAGUUGGAGAACUUCAGACACCCAUUCCCUACAAAUUCUGUCAUAUUUUUCCUAUCGGACGGGAUCUACACUACUCUUAUGGAUAUGCCAUUCUCUUUGUCCGCUUUGCGCAUGGAUCUCCCAAUUUUCAGACGUCCAUCAUCGGCUUCAGUUCACUCCACCGCCUCUGCUGCGGAUAACCUAAUAGUGUGUAUCAGCCGGAUCUACGAGAAAUUUUUUAUAGCCAGCUAAACUAACACAUCUGUCCAUCCAUCCAGUCCACCGCCUCCUAUGACGCGAUAAUGAAACUCAACAAUCUGGGAGACUGCAUCCAAGAUGCCGAACAAACAAGCGUCAGAGUCUCCAACCAGAUAAACACAAUUCUGGAGCGGGAGUCCGGUUCAAUGACACUUCUCCGGGAAGUCUCCCAAGCUCAGGAGGCCAGGAAGACCCUGCAGGGUUAUUUGGCCUCGGAGAAGAAGCGCCUGGGCGUAGCAGUAAGGAAACGAGAAUUCCUGCAGCAAAGUUUAAGAAUGCGCCGCGAGGCAAUGGCGGCCGGGCGGGAGGCUCAACAGACUGGAGAGAACUACCUUAAGGAAGCAGCUGUUGGCCUCGCGCGCUGCAGGAAGCACCUAGGAGAGACUAAAAAGGGAAUAGAAGCCCAACGCCGCCGUAUAGUGGAAGAUUUACAAACUGUCUACCCAGUCGAACCUGUCCUCCCUCCUCCCGAUCUCCUUCCACAGACCAACUAGCUAAUGGAUAUUGUAGAUACCAAACCACCCCCUAACAUUCACCAUUCGCUCCCUCCCGCUGCCAAACACGCACCACGAGGAUGUGGACGCAGACACCGUCUCUGCUGCGCUCGGCUACGUCGCGCACGUCGCUUACCUCCUCUCCUUUUACCUGGGUACCUGCCUGCGCUAUCCGCUGCAGCCGUUGUGCAGCAGCUCGUUCGUGCGUGACCCCAUCUCCGUCAUCGCUGGCGCGCGCACGUUCCCGCUGUGGGUGAAGGGCAGCGUCUACUUCCGCUUCGAGUAUGCGAUCUUUUUGCUGAAUAAGGAUCUUGAACAGUUGAUGAGUUCUCAAGGGCUGUGGGUCAUGGAUAUCCGGCAUACUCUGCCGAAUUUGAAGUAUUUGUUAUUGUUUGUUAGUUCGAGUACUGGUAACGGCGGUAGUGGUAGUGGUGGGGGUGGUGGGCCGGGGGUGGUUAUGUGCGUGUUCAUAGCCUUUCUUAGUACUAUUGUAUCCUUGCUGAUUGGUAUAUUGUGAGCGACAGGCCGGAACGAGCAAGACCCUCAUCGCCCUUCAUAAGAGUGCUCUCCCGACAGCCCUCCGAGAUUGACUCUUCUUCCGCUGCUCCUACUGCUGGCAAUACCAAUGCCCUCUCCUCAUCCGCCACUCCUCCCGCUGCAACUGUUCAUGCAGUCGACAAAGGCAAAAAAGCGCUCAUGGCAUCAGAGUUGGCCAGCGAGGCGGGGGGUUGAUGGAGAUGGCGGGAAUUGAGCGUCGCUAUAGUGGCCUGAUGCUUUUCUUUUCACUUUUUAUAUAUAUAUAUGCUUUUUUUGCGGUUGCUAUAGGGGUUUAAAAACGGCUCGAGUUAGCGGGUUAAUGGCGUUUGUUUUCCUUUCCUCUCUUUUACGAUUCCAGAAUAAAUCCUGGGGAUACGGCUGGAUUCAGUUUAGUGUUCCUUUUGCUAGGCAUGGUGUAAUAGCGAGGAUUGUGGGUGAAAUGGGUUAGUGGGGUGGAAGCGUGUUAUCGUACUGUAGCUGACAGACGCUUGCAGCUGGGUGGUUGGUGGUGGGGUGGAGGGCAUGGGUCAGAUGAGGAUAGGAUAUAGGGAUAGAGCAAAGAAAUCUAUUAUAGCAAAUUAAUGGCAGGCAGUUGCCCCUGGUAAAUAUAG